AGCUGGGUUGCUCCUGCAGGCUGGGUGCACGCACGAGGAGACCGAACACCGCGAAACCGCAUCACCACGCUGUGUAGUGAAAAAACGUUUGAAUCACCAUGACAACAGAACCGAAUUCAGAGUUAGAAGGCCAGCCGGAGCAGCAGGGUGCCAGUGCGGCUCCGCCCCACACAGCCCCGCAUUUUGACGGCCAGCUUCCUCCUGCAGCCGGUCAUAGUACACCGGUUAGAAAAGAACAGAACGGAGCAAAGGACCCAGGAGGUUUUGCCUGGGGCAAAAGUGAUCAGCAGGCGGCCGAGGACGGUACUGCCACUCCCAAGUCGUCUUCCAGCAAACUGUCCAGGUCUCCCAUUAAAGUGACCAAGAAGCCAAAAAACAUGCAGUGCAAAGUCUCACUGCUGGAUGGCUCGGACUACACCUGUGUGGUGGAAAAACGGGACAAGGGCCAGGUGCUUUUCGACAAAGUCUGUGAGCAUCUGAACCUUCUGGAAAGGGACUACUUUGGUGUUACAUUCAGAGAUGUAGAAAAUCAAAAGAACUGGCUAGAUCCAUCCAAAGAGAUGAAAAAGCAGACUAGAGGUGUUGCCUGGAAUUUCUCCUUCAAUGUGAAGUUUUAUCCUCCAGACCCUGCUCAGCUCUCUGAGGAUAUCACGAGGUAUUAUCUGUGUCUGCAGUUAAGAGACGAUGUGGUUUCGGGUCGUCUGCCCUGCUCUUUUGCCACUCACACAGUGCUUGGUUCAUAUACAGUCCAGUCAGAACUGGGAGACUAUGAUCCAGAUGAAUACAGCGCGGACUAUGUCAGUGAGUUUCGCUUUGCUCCCAACCAAACCAAGGAGCUUGAAGAGAAAAUCAUGGAUCUUCACAAGACCUACAAAGGGAUGACGCCGGCUGAGGCUGAAAUGCACUUUUUGGAGAAUGUGAAAAAAUUGUCUAUGUAUGGAGUGGACCUCCAUCACGCCAAGGAUUCUGAGGGGGUGGAGAUUAUGUUAGGAGUGUGUUCAUCUGGCCUCCUCAUUUACCGUGACCGACUGCGCAUCAACAGGUUCGCCUGGCCCAAAGUUCUUAAGAUCUCCUACAAGAGGAAUAACUUUUACAUCAAAAUUCGACCCGGAGAGUUUGAGCAGUUUGAAAGUACGAUCGGUUUUAAACUUCCUAAUCACCGAGCAGCAAAGAGACUCUGGAAGGUUUGCGUGGAGCAUCACACUUUUUUCAGGUUGGUAUCUCCAGAAACUCCACCCAAGAAGUUCCUGACUCUCGGUUCCAAGUUCCGCUACAGUGGCCGAACCCAGGUCCAAACAAGACGAGCAAGUUCACAGAUAGUUCGUCCAGCUCCCUACUUUGAGCGCUCUACCAGCAAACGCAACAUAAUGUCUCGCAGUCUUGAUGGAGCUCAACGAAGCCUCUCUCAUAACACACUGACUGUAGUCUCUGGAUCUAAACCUCUUACUCCUAUGCAUCCCACUAGACCAACAGAGAUGGGCACAGCAUUGUACGGGGCAGCAAAAGGCAUUGCAGUGAGUGACCUUAUCACCACAGUUACACCAGAGAAGAAGACAGAGGAAAAGAAAUCAGAGGAGGAAGUGGUACUUGUAGAAAAUAUAGUUGUGGAGGAGGAGGAUGAAACAACCAAAGUUACAGAAGUGUCACAGCCAAGUCCAAUGACUCCUGUUCAUCAAGAUACACGGACUGAUUUAACAGACACUGCUAUUGAUGGUGAACUGACAGCUACUGAGUCGGACCAGGAAGAAGAGUCCGAAAUAAAGAACCUGCCCAAUUGUGUAGGGAGGAUUAAAGGAGAGAAUAUGUUUAUCAGACAUAGUAGACUGAUGCUGGAGGAGGUGGAUAAAUCUCCUGAUGAGCUGCUGAAACACCACACCAAUAUUAGUGAGCUGAAGAGGACUUUCCUGGAGGGAGGCACUAAUAAAUCAGGAUUGACGGAGUGGGAGAAGCGCCUCUCCUCAUCCCCGCUGCGAUCCAGCCGGCUGGACGAAGCUCCUAUGAUCGAACCUCUGGAGCCUGAGGAAUCCAAAAAGGAGUCUGAAGCAAAGGAUGAGAAGGAGGAGGCUGCUGGAGGUACAGAGGCACAGGGCAGUUUGGAGGACAAAAAAGCUGAUCUGGAGUCUGAUGGUUGGGUAAUUAUUAACAAGGUUCCUCCCAAAGUACCUGAAAAGAAAAACAUAGUGAAAAACAAACUAGCUGUCAUUACUAGCACUUUUACUGCUGACGAGGCAUUGGGAGACAUAACUCUCAAACAACAAGAUGACGACAUGGAAAAGACAGCAGACACAGAAGAAGAGGAAGAGGAAAAGGCUUACAGACUUGGCAAGUCAUAUGACACCAGAACUGGAAAGAUCACUGAAAAGGAAGACAUCCCUUCCCCACCCUUCGCUGCAGAGAAGCUCCCAGAUCAGAGCAUCAUCAUGACUGUUAAGGUUAUUCCAGUUUCUCCUGAGUUUGAUGCCCCAGGCCUGACUGGCAAAGACAUCUCAGGAGCACCAGGGGAACCCAUCAAAGAGGCGAGAACCCCAUCUCCCUCCGAACCUGCAGCAGAGCCUACAGGCAUCAUAAAGACAGUGGACAUCCAGUCCACUGAGGAAACCGAGAAGGCAACGAGGAGCGAGCUGACAAUCCUUACAGACCCUUCACUAAAGGAUGCAAGCUCUACUUCACCCAGACCUUUCCUCAUGUCUCCGCUUAGAUCUCCACUCCGAUCUCCAGCUAAGUCUCCAGUGGAAUUGGGUCUGAGCCCUGGCACAAGCCCACAUCUAUCCAAAACUUCUCCAACAGCCAGAGUGCCUAAGCCCACAUUUGAUGAGAUGUCUCCGGAGCUCACAGCUUUGUUAAAGUCUGCUCGUGAUCAGAUCACUACGCGCUCCGUGGCACCCUCCUUACCAACUUCUGGGCAAACUCAAGCUCUAGCUAAGACACCUAACAGUUCAGAGAGGAGCUUUUUGCAGCCAGGAGAUACACCAAAACUUCCAGACAAAGACAAGCCAUUAACAGAGGAACAGCAGCAGCAAGAGGAUAAGCAUCAAUAUACAGUACUGGAAGAGUCAAAGUCAUCUUCUGUACUAAAGACAACACGCAGUGGUGUGUUAUUGAAAGAGAGGGAGAAAAUUGAGGUACAGAAGAUGCCAGUGAUCCACACGGAAAUGAAAACAAUCACAUAUGAGGCCCUGCAGGGGGAUACAGAUGGUGAAAAGGAGCCAGGAAUUCUCAUGAGUGCCCAGACCAUUACAUCUGAAACCUCCAGUACAACCACAACUACACAUAUCACUAAGACUGUGAAGGGAGGUAUCUCAGAAACUAGGGUUGAGAAGAGAAUUGUUAUUUCAGGAGAUGCAGAUAUCGACCAUGAUGAGGCCCUAGCUCAGGCCAUUAAAGAAGCCAAAGAGCAGCACCCUGACAUGUCAGUGACCAAAGUAGUGGUUCACAAAGAGACUGAAAUCACACCAGAAGAUGGUGAGUGAUCCAGGAUUAGUGUGACUUUAUAUUUUCUGGAGCAAUCUAACCUACACCAUGCGGAAUGAAGGACGCUUUGGAGCAGCUGCCAAGGGAAACAGCUCCACCAAUAAAUGGAUCUAACUUCAUCUGAGCACUGCUGAAAUAGCCUCUAACCAACACUCUCAACAACAUCCUCCCACUGUCCAUCACUUGCUUCCUGAACUACCGGUUAGACUGGUACACCACUGGAUCACUUGUACUGCAUGACAAGGGAACAACAACUUUUUUUGUAAAGAGAUAUAUACAUCGUAGAAAAUGCACUGUAACAACAGUGUACAUUUCAGUGUACACUGCAUACUCUUCCUUCCAAAAGCAAGAGAAAUGUGGCUAGUAUUUUAAAAUUAGUACUGAUGAGUAGUACAGAUGAAAAAUACCUACAUUUCAUUUAUAUAAGAACUGCUCUAUACAAAUAAAGAAUGAUAGUAAUAAUAAUCGACUGCAUCUGUAUGAGCAUUCAGUAUUUAACCACGCAAUAGGUGUGCCAUUCAUGACUCUAGUCACUGUGUCCUGUUACUAUUAUCCACUUCGCUUCUAUUAUGUUCACGUACAUGUGUCUGAGUGAGAAUAUGAAUUAUGUAUAUUUGUUUUUUAAAUUAUACAUAUGAGCUGAAAAACAUGUUUUACUCAAAAUUACUAAAUGAAUUUUGUUUGUCCUAAUUUUACACACAUAAAUUCAGAUGUGGUUUAUAUUAUUCUACAUUUUCAAACGAAAAUCCACUGUAAAUCAUUUACUUUUUUGUCAUUGCAUUUUUGUUGAAAUGAUGUCUUUACAAGGUUACUGAUGCCCCAAUUUCACAUGUGAAAGUCAUUUUACAAAAUGCCCGGGGUGGCAUAUCUGAGCCUUAAGUUGUACAAACUAUAAUAAAACAAACAUCUUUAGUCAUGUGUUUGAGCCCAUGUUUUUUUUCCCUAUAGUUUAGUGUUGUUGUCAUUAUCCUGUCUGUUUGAAAUCAUUAUACUGUCAUAUGCUGCAGUCCAUGUUGAAUGUGUUUGUCACAUAAGCUCAAAUAAAAAGAACACAGAAUGAA